GAAUAGGUUAGCGGGAAAGGGCAGCUCACGCGCAGCUCAGAAAUUCGCAUCACUACAUUCACCACUCCGGUCUCAGCGUUUCAAAUUGCCUAGGAGCUCUGCCCCCGAUGUCUCUGUCAACAUCCACCGCCGUCUCACUCGUCGGGAUAUACGACGAAAGCCGCGGCGCCUCGACCGCCCAACGAGAAAUUAACAGCUCCGAUAUGGAAAUCGAUGACGAAGAAGGGGAAGAGGAUUUGCAAGGCUCCUCGAAUCGAAACGAUGCUGCCAACGUCCUGGAGUCCAGGGGGCACGAUGGACAGCUCGGGUCAGAUUCGUUAAGUACUCCUGGAGAUUGCGGAACAAGAAUACCAUUCAAAACCCUUGAUGCAGUAGAGGGUAGUGCUAAUUUUAAAUUUUAUAGUCUUCCAAAUGAACUGUUGACAACUCAAGAGGAGGAUCGAUGCACAAAAUAUGAUAGUUCCAAGUAUUCAGUAUCUGGAAAACAGCCUGCAAAGGAAAAGGCAAUUCAAGAAUAUACAUUUGGUGGAAAAGAUGCUCAAGCCAUUUUAGAAAGAAAAACCCUUGAAGGCUAUCAUGAUCAGCAUGCUGAAGAGGUUGCUGUCAAUGAGAUUAAUUCCAUUCCCGUCGGAAAUCACUCAGGUGAAGGAGUUCAGAGUGGUCUUGGUUUUGAGGGAAAAAGUAAGCCAAGGGUCGUGCAAACAGAGGAUGAUAAGAGGAGGAUAAGAUCAAGGUCUGCUGCUUCUCAGACUCGUGCUGGGAGUCUAUCCCCCGGCAAUAAUAGUGAGAACAAACGCCCUGCGCUUAUAUGUGACUUCUUUUCUAGAGGAUGGUGUAUCAAAGGAAGUUCAUGUAGAUUUCUUCACAUAAAAGAUGAGAAAAAGCCUGAACAACAGCCUGAGGAAGGUGUAGCUGUAGCAAAUGGGAAAAGAGCUGUUGAGAUUGAUCAAGGUUUUAGAAAUGCUGCUGAAAGAUCAAAAUCUCCUGCUUCUACUGAUACUCGGCCUUCGUCUGUUGUAAAUAAGACCGGGUUAUCUUCUCAGUUCUUUUCUGAAAGAAUCUUUCCAUUAGGGCAUGAUGAGAACCAAAGAUUGCAUCUAUUUAAUGAAACUUAUAAGUUGCCUCCACUCCAUCAUAAGGAUAAAUCUAUGGGCACUUCCCCUUCCUCUCAGUGGUUUUUUGCAUCUAUAGAUGAUGUGGGACCACCUAAGGGUGUAAGACAAAAUGGUAUAGGUCAGAAUUUGUCUGAUGAUAAUUAUGCCAAGCUGGCUUCUCUGGGUGAUAAAGAUACAUCUUCCUUCAGGAAUAGUUUUAUUCCUGAGUCAUUGAGCGGCUCAGUUACACGAUUGGACAAUGUAUAUAAUGAGAAUCAAUCUCAUUGUGUCUCGACAUCCCUACCACCAUUGCCAUUAAAUUAUUCUUCAAGUGCAUGCUCUCUUGGUGCUCAAAAGAUGUUGGACAACGACAUCGAGCAUUAUACUUCCAGGUUUUCUUCUUUGCUGCAAGGCUGUUCCCCCUUCUCAAAUUCUAAGUCUGAAAACCUUCUUGUAAAUGAUAUUUCCAGGGAUCCAUUUCCCUUUUCUGAAUGUAGAAUAAACUUUUCUUCAGAUGACUGGGAACCUUCAGUACCCUUUCAACCAUCCUUUUUUGUCACUUCUGGCUUAUCAUCCCCGCAAAGCCAGUAUGAUCCUGUUCGUGAUAGCAUUGAUUUGUCUAAUGCAGGAGAGAGGUCUCUUAAAUUUUCUUUCUCUAAUCCCGGUCCAUCACUCUUGAAUGUAGCAUACCCACAGGCAUAUGGUGAUUCCACAUCAACGGGACCACUGAUCCCUGAACAUAAUGAUGAUAAAAGAACUGCAUCUUGUCAGAAUGAAUACCAUGAAAAUUUGGUCAACGAUAAUUGCUACCCUUCUGAAAAAGAUUCACUAACAACCGACGCAAAUGAUGGAACUUCUGUAGUUGAGAUGCAAAAUGGAAAUCUAGUCAAAGAAGAGAUGUCUUCAGUCGUUUCUCAUGUCAAAGACAGUUCAAAGGCAAAAAAAAUUGAUAUGGAUCAUGAUUGCAGGCAUCGAAGAGGCGAGACUAGAUGCAAAAAAGACUUAGAAGUUGAUAGAGUUAGAGAAAAGAAUGAAAUAGAUGUUGAGCUUGAGCAUAGGGAAGAUGGGGAUUUGCGAAAAGAAUCAAAAGCAAUGAGGCAUUUCCAUGCUGCUCUUGUACAUUUAAUUAAGGAACUGUUGAAACCAACUUGGCGUGAGGGUCGUCUCAGUAAAGAUGCUCAUAAUACAAUAGUUAAAAAAGCAGUUGACAAGGUUCUUGGCAGCAUACAGCCUCAUCAGGUUCCAACUACCUUCGAGUCAGUUGAGCAUUAUCUUUCUUUAUCCCAACCAAAAAUAGCAAGACUUGUUGAGGGAUAUAUCGAUAAAUACAGAAAAUCUUGAGAUGUUAGGCAGAGUGCUUUUGUAUCUUUUGCACAUUUUAUUAAUGGAAGUCUUAACUGGUGUCAUGGAAGUCUGAAUUUUUUUACGAAAUGUUUUUGUAAAUAUUCUCUGUUCCUUUCUUUAUUAGCUGUAUGUAGAAAUAAUUUCUACUUCCUGACAGUUGGUAAGUCUAGGAGAAUAUUUUAUUCUUCUUUGCUUGCAUUUUGUGAAAUUGGCCAAGGAGUUUAAGCUAAACUUUUUAUUAGUACAAUGGAACAUUUAGUUGCAAGGUUACUUGUAUGCCAAGCAACAUUUUUCAUGGAUAUAAGGUAGGAGUUGUUAAAAAGUAUAGGCUUUUAUCA